GUGGGCGGGGCCUGAGUGGGAACCGCAGAGCGCAAGCGCACGGAGGACGACUGAGGCCUGAAUGGCGCCGGCUCAGCAGUCUCGGGUGCUACGGUGCUGCAGCUGCCACCUCUUUCAGGCGCAUCAGGUGAAAAAGAGUCUCAAAUGGACAUGCAAGGCUUGCGGAGAGAAGCAGUCCUUCAUGCGGACCAACGCUUACGGUGAAGGCUCUGGUGCUGACUGUAGACGCCAUGUCCAAAAGCUAAAUCUGCUGCAGGGACAAGUGUCAGAGCUGUCACUCAGGUCUGUGGACAGAGCUGCAAGCGAAGAGGAAAAUGCAGGGCCUCAGCAGGCUGAGAGCCGGCGUCAGCAGGCACUGUCUGAGCCCCUAGAGUCCCGUUGGCUGAAGUAUCUGGACAAGGGCUGUGAGGAUCAGGAGCCGGACAGAGGAAGAGCCGCUCUUAAGACACAGCCCUCAACCAGUGCUGAGUGCCCAGAUCUGCCCUGCGGUCCAGCCCGCCCCAGGAAGAGGAAAUGGAAUCAGAGCACAGGGCAGCCUCCACACAGCCUGCAUGUCCAGGACUUGGACAGUGUUAGGAACAACUUUGAAUGCCAGGACUCCACUGGCCUGUUUGGGACAGAGCAACAAGGCAGCAGCCCUGCACUCAAGACUGCAAACCACAUCAGGGAGCUUGGUUUUCCACGAUGGAAACUACCAAGUCCUGUCCUUCAGGUUAAGGCCCAAUCUUCUAAAUGGGCACGGUUUCUCCUGUCGCCUGGAAACAGCUCACAUGUGGAUGGAAACCCAUCCAGUCCUCUGCAAGGGAAGACUCCAGGGGAGGGCCACUUCAGCGGGGCACCUGCCACUGUCCAGUCUCCUCAAACCACUCACUCUACCACACCCCAGCCAGAGAGGCCUGGCAGUAAGACCCCAGAUCAACCAUGGGCCGCAGGGUCUCCUCAAGCAGAGGGUAGGCCCUUGGCUCCAGGGGCAGAGAAGGCCCCGUCAAUGCAGCUGCACCACCUCUUUACAACUGGGGAGGACUUUGAAGAUGACCUGUAGCUUUUCACUCUGUGAUGUGGUCCCUGUAUGCCAGUCCUCCAUGCCACAGAUGGGGGUGCUUUAGAACAGAUAACCCAACAAUAAACAUGCCUGUCCAACAGA